UAAUCUGAUGUGUGUGCACGUGUACCCACGCCGCCGUUCAGCACGUGCUCCUGUGUUUUGGCAGAACGCACUUCCUUAGCAACGUGUAUCUGAACCAGGAAGUACUUUCGCUGUUCUAGCUAACUGGCAAUGGAUAGCACAAAUGAGGUGUGCUGUCAAAAUGACUUUCCUACCAGGGUCUGAUAGGCCAUGACAGGCUUGUCAAGGUAUGCAGGGGUUAUGGAAAAUCUAAUGAAUUCUGCUGAAGAGCAGCAGCCCUCUUCUCCCCAGGCCAAUUCAUGGUCCAAUCAACAGGACUCAGUAUCAAGCAAAAAUCAAAACCCCAAAAGUGUCGGUGGGUUUGUUCUAGUGCAUGCAGGAGCAGGAUAUCAUUCUGAAUCUAAAGCCAAGGAGUACAAGCAUGUUUGCAAAAGAGCUUGCCAGCGAGCUGUGGACAGACUCAAGGCCGGUGCCUUCGCAGUGGAGGCAGUGGCUGCAGCGCUGGUUGAGCUUGAGGACUCUCCUUUUACGAAUGCGGGGAUGGGCUCCAACUUGAAUUUGUCGGGGGAGAUUGAGUGUGACGCAAGUAUCAUGGAUGGAAAGUCGCUGCACUAUGGAGCCGUAGGCGCCAUUAGUGGUAUAAAGAACCCAGUCUUAGUUGCAAACCGUCUACUUAACGAAGCGCAGAAAGGGAAGCUCUCUGCUGGCAGAAUACCCCCAUGCUUUUUAGUGGGGCAAGGAGCACAUGACUGGGCUGUGACCCAUGGAAUACCACCGUGUCCCUCUGAGAAGAUGGCCACCAAGUUCAGUUUAUCAGCGUACAAGAGGAACAAGCGCAAGAUGGAACUGGCAGAAAAAAUGGACACAGGACAUAAUCAGACAAAGAAAAGACGACAAUCAAGUGAAAAUGAAAAUGGCUCAGGGUGCCUGGACACAGUGGGAGCCAUUGUGGUAGACCAGGAGGGGAACGUGGCUGCAGCAGUGUCCAGUGGUGGCCUUGCCAUGAAACACCCCGGCAGGGUUGGCCAGGCGGCUCAUUAUGGAUGUGGCUGCUGGGCUGAAAAUGCCUGUAAUAUGAACCCUUACUCUACAGCAGUGAGUACCUCAGGCUGUGGAGAGCAUCUGAUUCGCACCAUGCUGGCACGGGAAUGCUCUGCUGCCAUGCAGUCUGAAGAUGCCCACCAAGCACUGCUGGAGGCUAUGCAACACAAGUUCAUCAGCUCACCCUUUCUGGCCAGUGAGGAUCGUGUUUUGGGUGGGGUAAUUGUCUUACGCUGCUGCAGAUGUGUGGAGGCUCAGCCAUCUCAAGAUAUCCAGGGAGCACUGGUGGAGUUCCUAUGGAGUCACACCACAGAGAGCAUGUGUGUUGGCUACAUGUCUGCCCAAGAUAGCAAAGCCAAGACUCACAUAUCCAGACUACCACCAGGGGCUGUUCCUGGGCAGUCGCUGGCCAUUGAGGGAGGUGUGUGUCGACUGAUGAGCAUAGUGGAGUGAGCCGCACCCGCCCUGUCUGCUGGCUUCUCCUGCGCUACUCCAAUGCAAACCCUUAGCACUCACCUGUAACAUGAACACACACACACACACACACACACACACACACACACACAACAAAACACACACACACAUACACUAACACUCACCACUCAGCCCACACUCCCUGCCGCCCUUGCAAGGCCAGAAGUAACAAGCUUUAGCUGUUUUAACAGGUGUCCAGGAAGGAGGGAUUGUUGUGAGCUUCUGCUUAGUGCACUUACCAGGUCCUCCUUGUGCCACUGUCUGCCUCCAGCAUGCACUCUAUGCCAACCUGUCCCCCCACACCCCACAAGCUUUCCAGUCUCACCUGGAUUUAGACUUGAUGCACCAUUGCCUUGAUGCACCAUUUUUUUUUUCUCUUACACUUUUCCAGUUAAAAGCGCCGUCCUUACGAUUGUAUAUAAGCUAUGAUUUUAGGAAAACAGGGUGGAUAUCCAUGUUCUUUUGUACUGCUUAACAGAUGUGGCUAUUUUCAAACUUCUAAGAACUUUAAAUGCAAGACUGUUUAUUUUGUCGUUCAAAUACUUUUCGAGUUAAAAAAGGAUGUCAGAAUGCACCUUGUGGAAUGCCUGCCACCCCAGACAGUUGUAGUAGUUGUGAAUGAGGCAUUUAUAGCAGUGAGAGCUGACCAAUGAUGAUAACAGCAAUUAAAGUUACACGUGACCCACUUUCAUGAAUUUGUAAACAAAAAUUGUCAUGAAACCAACCGUAUAUUUAAUGUAGCAUUAUGUGUUUUAGAUCAUAGUGAAUUUUAUAACCAUCACAGCCUUAGAAUUCUACUGCUUUGCUAAAUUUGUUUUAAAAUGUGAAUACAAAGUUAUUAUAAUGAGAACUGCAUGUACAAAACAAGAGCUUAAGCCACUCUCUGUUCUCUGCCAGGUGUAGGGUCGAUCAUUGAAGCAGGAAGCUAUGCACUUCCAGUGUGAUGCUGAAACUAAAGUGCUCAGGUAGCAGUACUUGACCCCUUCACCAAACAUGACUGUUAGUCACCCUUUGAAAAUACAGUUUAUAUUUGUAUAGUCACAUUGACAGAGACAUGUAUUUUCUUGUUAAGAGAGGAAGAGAAUUGAUACAAACUAAUUUAUGCAUUUGUAAAGCCCAUGAAAUGGUGCUGUUGAGUAUUGUAUUUGAAAGGAAUAAGGGUCUAAAUUGAUACUUCUGUUGGGAUUAUUGUUUGUUUGUUUAUAUGUUUUUUGCUGUUUCACUCAGUUAGUGAUAAGAAGAAUUAAGAAUUUCAGUCUCAACAAUACUAUAAUACAGCUCAUUGUAUCUUUACUUGAAAUUGUAUUUAAUAUAAAAAUGGUAUAAGCUAUUGACAUAGUAAUAUGUGCACAGCUCUCUACAGUGCUCAAAAGCAAAUAAAGUCUAUGUUGCUGAUA